GUCCUGCAGGGAUGUGUUCCAGUCGGGGUAUUUGCGGCAGCGACGAGCGUCCUCGCAACAGAUCCACCAGCUCAGAGAGCAGUGGUUCGGGGGCUCACUAUGCCCUCUGCGCCCUGGGAGUGGGCCUCAUUGCCCUUGGCGUGGUCAUGAUUGUGUGGACGGUGAUACCCAUCGACGGCGAGUCGUCCGGCGGCUCCACCAACUCGUCCGGCAACUCCACGACAGAUGCCGUCGACAAUAGCGAUGAAGACGAAGAGGGAGCGAUCUCCAAGUCUUCGUCGGUCGCCAUGGUGCUGGUUGGCGUGGGCCUCCUCAUUCUGCUUUUGUCCAUUUUCCUCGGCAUUAGAAGCAAGCGGAGAGCUCGUCAGAGCACAGGCCAGCCGGCGGCAGCAGGAACAUCUGCUUUCCUGGAACAUGUGGGGGACGAGCAGGCAGAGCCAGCACCAGAUCCAGCUUCUUUCAACGUUCCGACCUAUGACGAGGUGGUCGGCAGCAAUGACUACCCCGUCCGCCAGAGCAACCUUCGCCAAAGCAACACCCACCUGCCCUCCUACGAGGACAUCAUAGCAGCCGUGGAGAACGAGGGGGCGGAGCCCAACAACCGCACCGCAGAGGACACGCCUCUGAACGAGUCCGCACCCCCAGAAGCACAAACGGCCGGCGUCGCGGAGCCCCAGGCCGACGCAUCGGCGCGUCAGCCCAGUCUGCCGACGCGCACCACCAGCCGGGCCAGCCGCUUACUUCGCCCCCUGCGGGUGAGGAGGAUUAAGUCGGACAAACUCCACCUGAAGGACUUCCGCAUCCAAAUCCGCAGCCCUACGCACAACCCAGUGACCAUUGAGCCCAUCACGCCGCCGCCGCAGUACGAAAAUGAGGCGCCCAAAUUAGGUUAGUACCCGCCCUCCUCCUCCAGAAGCAGUUAUCUCUGGACGGACUCGUGUCGGAAGCCAAUUUUAAAAGGUCGCUGCAAAGCAGAUGUGACCAUUGGCACAUUAGUUGUGUUGCCAUGUGUCACCAAUCCAAGCAGCCUCCCCCAUUUAAAAAAAACUAACAAUUUCAUUUACUUGAAGAUGUAAAUGAGUCGUGUGCGGUUAUUGGAGGGCAAAAAGGGAAAUAAUUUUCGUGCCGGCAAACCUCUCAGUGAAGACGAUGCAAUGAGGUGUCGUCUGUGUGUUUUGGAAUCAGCUUUUAAACGGUUUCGUGUGUCCUAAAGUCAUAAGGUCGUCUUGUCGGUGCGGGAUGAAAAAGGAGUUAGAUAUCACAUGUAGGGUAAAGGUUGGAUCAUUUUUAAAGCAUCUUGUAUUGAUUAUUAAGAAUGAAUACUUUUCCUUCUAUUUGAUUGUUUUAUGUUUAUGUUGUGCAACACCCAAAAAGACCUUGGCCCCACAUGUCACGUCGCAAUAGUCAGCUGCAUGUUCUCAACCACUGUGAUGCAUUUGUCUCAUCGUUUUAAGAUAAUAAAUCCUGCAAGUUUGACAUGGAUGUAUUAAUGCUCAGGAAUUUAUGUAUAUUUUAUGGUCUGAUAAUAAAAUCUACAGUAUCUGUAGUUUUAUUUUA